GCAGGCGAACCGACGACUGCGAUGUUGAGAGCACGCCUCGCGCAAUGCUCGCGCUCUGUCGCGUCAUCUUCGUCGAGCUCGGCAUGUCCUGCGUCCCUGCACACCUCCGCCGUCCUCCAGGUCUCCCUCGCGCACAGGCGUAAAUCCCGCGCGACCCAGCAGGCGAACAUUCAAAAGCGCAAGGAGCGCGAGCUCGCCGCGACAGGCACCCGGCCGCACGUCGUGCUCGGCCAUCGCCCUGGGGACGAGGCCAAAUGGAAGAGCUGCGACCUCGCGAAGAUCAUCAUCACCGAGGAGGACAUUUUCAGUGCACCGAUGCCGCCGGCGAGUGCGGAACCCGGCAAGGAGCUGCAGAUUCCGGAGUAUAUGAACUUUGGGAUGGGCGAGCGGGAGAAGGAAAUGUUGUUUGAUGUCUUGCCGCAGCUGACGAUCGAAGGGCACUUCCAGGCCAGGGAAGAGAACCCGGAAGGGUUCAGGGACCUCCGGGAGCGGCUGGACUUGGUAUCUCAGAGUGCGGAUAUGGCGGAAGCAUCGAAGAGAACAUUCUUUGCGCGGCUGGUGGAUUUGCGAAACGCGAAUGCCAGGGGAAUUGCGUUUGAGAACCGCAAGCGCAUCGUGGAGGCGUUCUCAGAGCCAGACAAACCCAACGAUACGGGUCGACCCGAGGUUCAAGCGUCAAUUCUGACAUUCAGAAUACGGAGCAUAUGGCACCACCUAAUAAGGUCUAAGAGAGACGUCAGCAGUCGUCGAAGUUUGCGGCUCUUGGUGCAUCAACGAGCAAAGGUCCUCAAGUACCUAAAGAGAUUGGACCGAGAUCGGUAUGAUAGAGUGCUUGAGAGGCUUGGACUGGAGCCGGGGAGUGUCGAGGGGGAGCUUGUAGUAUGAUGUGGUGUACAUUUCUUUAUCUGUGUGGGGAAGGUAAGAGUCAAAUGUGUGCCGGUAGUAACCAGCUUUGAGAUGCUUAUGUUGGCGAAUAUAUGGUUGUCAAGGUUCAGGCACCACAUUACGGAGUAGGCCGGGCUGCAUAAGCGAUGCAU